UAUAUAUAGAAUAUUUAUAAAGUAUAGAGUAUAGAAUAUUUACUAUACUGGUCGUACUGCAUGAAAUGGGCAAUAAUUCUUUAUUUACCUGUGAGAGCAAAAAGAUGAAGUCGUAUGGAAUAAAAUACUUCAGUUGAAUUUCCAAUAUAUUUUUAUGUAUAGACCUUUUCAUCGGACGCGCGCGCACCUGACCCCCAGUUAACUUCCGGUUUGUGUUUGGCUAGUGACUAAUAAUAUAACUAAAAUAAUAAUAUUAAAUUAUUUUAAUAUUAAAAUCUUAAAAUUUAAUAUAAAAAAUCCUGCAGUUUGGUCGCAUUUAAACAAACUGUAUGGUAGAUUGACAUCUAGCGGUUGAGCUUGGUAUCGGAGUGUAAAUUCAAAAUAUUGGACAGACAAGUUUAGCCAAGUAACGGUUCUUCUCGGUUUCUUUUGAUUGUUAUCAGAAAUAAUCUACAGGCACUCUUAUUGUUUGUGAAUGUGUACCGGAAGUUAAGGUGGGGUCACAAAAGUGCACAUGCGCAGUAACGUUUGUUUAUGUUGUUAAGAUGAUACAAUUUCAGUCUAUACAAUUUCAGUAAUAUGAAUGUAAGAUUUUGGUCAUACCACCCAAGAGAGCUCCGAGAGAAAGUUUUUUGCAUUUCUGGAGGAUUUUGUGCUUUAAGUUGCUAUGUAAGGAAUGUAGCUGAACUGCUGCCUCUGAGGGAUUCUGGGACUCACUCAUCGACGGAAUAACGUUUGUCAAGACGGAAGACUAACCAGGGUCGUCUGCAUAUCUCUGACCAAGAUUCCUCUGAGUGAACUAUUGCAAUGUCAAGUUGGAGAGCAGGAGUAUAUCUAGAGCAACUGUGAACCAAUAAGCUCUGGAGAGCCUUUCUCUCUCAUGUGUGAAUUUUUAAUCUGAUGAUCAGGUCCAGUAGCCUUUUCUUUGUGUUAUGCCGCUGCAGUUAUUAAUAUCAUGAAGUUUGGCUGCACAAAGAAUCUGGCAUUCUAUUUCACUGGCAUUUUGACAAAUCUCACACGUUACGUGCCAAAAAGGAUGCUCCAGUAACGUUUUGUCUAAACCUCUAGUCCCACAGGUACUCAAGAGUUGCACUGAGUUCAUUGAGAAGCAUGGAGUGGUUGAUGGAAUGUACCGUCUCUCCGGGAUCGCGUCCAACAUUCAGAAGCUGCGGCACGAAUUUGACUCUGAGCAGAUCCCAGAUCUGACAAAAGAUGUUUACAUCCAGGACAUACACUGUGUGGGCUCCCUGUGCAAGCUUUACUUUCGAGAGCUUCCCAACCCGCUUCUCACCUACCAGCUGUAUGAGAAAUUCUCGGAGGCCGUGUCAGCAGCCACAGAUGAGGAGAGGCUGAUCAAAAUACAUGAUGUCAUUCAGCAGCUGCCGCCUCCACAUUACAGGACCCUAGAGUUUCUUAUGAGACAUCUGUCACACUUGGCCACUUUCAGCUAUGUAACAAACAUGCAUACAAAGAAUUUGGCCAUUGUUUGGGCCCCCAACCUACUGAGGUCAAAACAAAUAGAAUCGGCUUGCUUCAGUGGCACUGCAGCGUUCAUGGAGGUGCGGAUACAAUCUGUUGUGGUAGAGUUUAUCCUCAACAAUGUGGAUGUUCUCUUCAGCCCCAAACUGAGCUCACUCAUACGAGAGGGAACAGGACACAAUUCGUUGUCUCGUCCUAAAUCGUUGCUGGUACCCUCCUCAUCCACGAAGCUGCUGACACUAGAAGAGGCGCAGGCACGUACUCAGGCCCAGAUCAAUUCCCCCAUCACUGCAGACAGCAAGUACAUUGAAGUAGGAGAGGGGCCGGCAGCCUUACAAGGAAAAUUCCACACAGUCAUUGAGUUCCCCACGGAGAGGAAAAGGCAACCCAUAAAGUCAAAAAAGUCUCCGGUUGGCAGUUGGCGGUCAUUUUUUAAUCUGGGCAAGUCUUCCUCGAUGUCUAAACGCAAACUCCACCGUAACCCCAGUGAACCGAACGAACUUAAGGCAAUGGCUUUGGCUGGAGGAAGAGGAGACACUGCUACUCUUCGGUCGGCCAAAAGCGAGGAGUCUCUCACCUCUUUACAUAAUGUUGAAGGUGAGUCUACAGUGUACAGACCACGCAGACCUCGUUCCAGCAGUGACGCCCUGUCUGCUUCUUUUAACGGGGACCUGCUAGAUAGCAGACAGCACUGUAACUCUUACGACAACCUGGGUCAAGGAGAGAGCGACGGAGACGAUGGUCCAAUCUGUGUGCCUGCUCUCAUUUCUCCCCCACGCUCUGCUGAUGAUGUGGACCUGAGCCCCCCUGACAUUGGCAUGGCAUCUCUAGACUUUGACCCUAUGUCUUUCCAGUGUAGCCUUCCUCUGGCAGAGACGUCCAUUUUCUCGCUUGACACAGAUGCGGGCAGUCUGAAGCGAAGCCCGGGUAGUGCCAGUGGCUCCGAGCCCGUCUCACCAAUCAGAGCAAAGGUUACGAGCCAUUCUCAGUCUCCAGAACACAGACCGGCCUUAGAGGAUACUAAUAAACUGCCCUCUGCAUCAGAGAAAAUUGCAGUUCAGUCCGUUGAGAUCAGUGAGAAGUCAACUGUUUUGACACCUUUGAGCAUCUUCGAAUCGUCUGCCUCCAUGAUAAGGAUGGGGCCGGAGAGCGCUGCGCUUCAGGCCUCGUCCCCUUCAUCUCCACUCGACUCGCCAGCCAAUUUGAGCUCUCUUUCAAGAACCACUGAUCUGCCCCUGAGUGAAGCCAUUCAACAGGAGCUUCUCUUUAAAGCUGCUACCUUUGAGAGUAAGGAGAAUAAAGACAUAUCAAGCAUUGAACGUGCACAGCCGCCACAGGCCACCUGCUGUCAGGAGCAGCCAGGAGCUGUAGUUCUGGACUCACCAAUGGGCACCGUCCCAGUCAGCUCCGUAUCCCUGCUCCCUCCCCCUCCCCCACCAAAGAACGCUGCCCGCAUGCUUGCACUAGCUCUCGCUGAAUCUGCUCAGCAGGCCACCAUUCUCUCUCAGAGGCGACCCUCUGGACCCCCAACACCGGUCUCUCCUCUUAGGACGCAGGAGUUAUCGGAGACACUGGACUGGCCGUCUGCUCCUCAACCUCUGCGGUCUCAACCAUCUCUGGAAGAAGCUGCUGUGGAGGCAUCAAAGAUUUCAGAACCUGCGUCUUCAGCACCUUCUACCUUGACUGAAAAACUAACUCGCUCAGACAGUCUGCAUCUUAGCAAAGAUAGCGGAAUCCCACCAAGCACUUCCUGUAGCAGCCGGGAUGUUGUGUCAUCGGUGACACCAGGACAGAGUAGUGUACCUUCAAGUCAACCUUCUCAAGUUUCUGAAACACAGAAAAGUCCAGAAAGGCAGCAGCCAGCUGUGGGCCAGACACCCGUGAGCACAACCAAAGCCACAGCCACCACACCAACCAUCAACAAGGAUACUUUUAUUCAACAACCAAGCUCUGAGCAACCUGAUUGGAGUGUCCAGUCACAUGACGUCCAUAUGGCAGAAAAUGUCCUUCCAACAAAACCCACAAAGGCACCAGAUCAACCAGUCGCAAUUCUCCAGCCUCAGCCUCAACUAAAGACUCAACCUCAUUCAACAUUUCGCUCUCAACCUCAAGUUCAGACUCAGUCACAAGCACAGCCUCAGUCUCAACCCAAAUCACAGCCCAACGCUCGAGUUGCACCCACCCCGGCUACACCUAUUGACACGGUGGAAAAACCAUGGGAAGCCAUAAAGCCUGUCCAUCCCAAAGCAGAUAUUGCUCCUCAACAUCACACUCCAGGAGUGACACCUCCAGCACCCCCUGUUCGCACAAUUGAAAGCAAACUAGCAACGGCUGCUCUCUGCCACACUGAAGCUGCAAACCCAGCCAACUUUCACAAUGUCUUAUCAGAGACAUCCAUGAGAGGCUCAGUGGAGGAAACUCCCCCACAAUUUCAUCCACCUCAUCGCAGGUCUUCCACUCAUCAGUCGGGUUAUAUUUACCACUCGAAAGGAGAGGCGGCCCUACCGGAGCCCACAGCAGAGGCGUAUUACCAUCAGCGGGUAACCCCAGCAGGUCCGUCCUCAAUGCCUUACCAUUACCGUCCAGAAAGUGUUCCGCCGCAUAUUUCCUAUGUGUCUAAAUCAGAGCCACAGAUUACCUACAGGGGUCACGGGGAUGGCCGAUACAAUACAAUUGGACCACGGUCUUACCACCAGUCCAUCAAAUCUCGUGGCCUACCAAGGGGUGAAUGCAUUUCUUCAAGCUCAAUGCAUCACAGCCACGCCUACAGCCCUGUAGAUGGACCUACUGUAUACCCAACCAUCCGCAGAGUUCACUCCCUCCACGUGCCGCCCACCGCUAUCCGCUCAAUGCCAGUUAACAGAACAGAGGUUCCACCAGAUGAUGAGCUUUUUUACUACCAGCGCCCAAUCUACCAUUGCAAGUCUCACCAACCGUCUUCUCAAACUGACUAUCACGUCACACAACUGCAGCCUUAUUUUGAGAAUGGAAGAGUUCAGUACCGUUACAGCCCCUACUCGGGCUCUCACCCUUUGGAAGCCCCGUACUACGAUGUGGACCAUUAUGGUACGAUCCGCUUACGGCACGUCCAUUCUUUCAGCGGUCGGGACACGGCACCUCUCAUUAGCCGGUCUGGAGGGAAGUCUGGAGGGUAUAACUACCUUUCGCGUCAUUUUGUUCCUUUAAAGGAGCACAGUUUUGUUAGCAGGGACAUGCCUCCUUACGGUGGUUCAAAGGGGGGCGUUUACUUUGCAUGGGACCCGGAGGAAGCAGAGAGGCUUCGCGUGCACUCCAUUCGCAGAGAAAGCCGAGCGAGACAGAAGGUGAAGGGUUCCGUUAUGUCUCAAUAUGACAACGUGGGGCACUACUUACCGAUGGAUAUAAGCGGAUUUGAUACGUUACACAUGCGCAGCAAAUCCGAUCCUGGUAAAGCGGUGUUGAUGGCCACUGAGGUAAAGGACGGCAGAUACAACGUAGCUUCUGGGUCUCAGCAUGCUCCCAGGCACCUAAUAUCAGAUCCAGAUGUGCUCAUGUAUAUGGAAACGGAAAAGCACUGCCAGGGAAAUGGAAUGGGGGAGAAAACCGCCAAACAGGGCAGCUCCAGGACCUACUCGUCCAUCCAUUCACAUCAAUCUCAGCUUCCACCGCGAAGCAUGCAGCACUUACCGGAGGGUGGCCAUCUUGAUCCAAAGUUUGAGCCGGAUAGCAGGAUCGCUCAGCCUCGAUAUGACAGACCUGAUUUAGAUCGGCACUUAUGCAGGGUUAAAGCCACCAGCGCGGUGAGCGAAGAUGAACAAGCUGCUCCCGUGAAGCCAACACCUCCACCCAAACCCGAAAGAUCUCAUAGCGUAAGAGAGCGACCGCAUUAUAACCCGUCCAGUCUUCCCUCUCAUUUGCCAGAGAGCUCGGAUAGAGACCACAGUGGAUCCUACACACGUCAAUCACAGGCGCAAAGAGAAAGCAGUGGCACCAUUACUUUACAGUCACACUACGACAACCUGGAUGAUUACCACCCAGUACCUCAGUCCCAAAGUUCAGUAGCACAUCUUGGUGGAUCCAACACCUACCACAGCCCCGCUUUCUCAACUCCACAGAGUAACAGGGCAUACUCCACUGCCUUGGGACAGGGCGCUUUUAUUCAAGCUGAGCUUUCAGCACAGAGGCCCGAGGCAGAAAUUAUUGCUGAAUGAGCAGACAGAUGGAUUGUGGACAGAAACUGUCAAUAAUAUUUCAAUUAAAAUGCAGCAGCCUCUGCAGGACAGUGGACUGCCUUCUGACUGUUUACAUUCUGUUUUUUAAUCUACAAAAAGACUUUUUACUGAACUGAAUGUACCAUAUUUCAUCAGUUGUUUAAACAGCCACAUUGUGACAUGAAGUUGUAACUUGUCAUAUACUGUAGAUAUGUGAUAUUGAUAAACGGUACAUAAAUCAGAACCAGAAGUUACGUAUAUCUGGAAAAAGAAAAACACUACUGGUUAUGAAGGGAAUCUUUUGUUCUGUUGUAUUAUUUGGAAUAGGUCUGGGUUGGGGUAUAAUCGGGGCGUAAAGGUUUGCAUUUUAGAAAUGCAUGUAAUCUAUCUUUUACAGAACAGUUCUGUGUACCUUGAUAUACUGUAUAUUGUGUACUUUAUGGACGUAACAGUAACCGUGGAAAGGAAACGCUGUUGAAGUCAUCCUUCCUACCUUUUACACACCGUGUACACAACUAGGCGGUACAAAUAAUCUUCUGCCUUCAGGUUGGGGGCCCAAAAUGUGCAUUUUUCAUGUCUGUGCCAUUACUAUUACAUAAUAAGGUUUAAUCCCAAGCAACUGGAUACGUUUAUUUGUUUGAGAACUUGACACAGACUGACAAGAUUUUACUUUGCUCUUUAUUGUUGGAGGGACCAAACAAUGAGGAUUGUGGAGCGAAUGUUGAACGACUGAAGGUGAGAGUGCCAAUGUGAUGUGGCUUAGACACAUUUCUCUCCCUGUUCAAGAGAAAGAGAAACGUGUUGUUAACAGAGUUUUUGAUACAUUUAGUGAUUUACAAUGUUUCUGACUGAUUUUAGACUUGCACCUUACUUAACCUAUAUUUAACUAGCUCCAUUACUAAAUUUCUCAUAGACACUUUGCUUCGACUAUUUUUUAAUAUGAACCACCUGAAUACUCCAUAAACUUACUACUAUUUCACAAAUUUCACACUUUUUACAGUGUCAAAGACAGCACAUUUCCCACAACAAGAAUCUCUGAGAUGGAGAUACCAUCAUUUUAAUUAUUUAAAAGACUUUCUAUGAAAAAGGGACCCAUGUUUUAAUUUGUUGUUGUUUUGACAAGUCAUUGCAUGUUCCCGUUCUGUCAGAUAAUAAUUAAUAUUUUAUAACAAUGCUUAUAAAUUUGUGUUUUAAGUAUUCAAAUGAUCCAAACUCUGGGUGGUAUCAUUUGUAUGUGAUUGAUUCCCUAAUAUCUGUUUUUUGUGUGUGUUUUGCCAAGUCUUAUGAAGUUCAUUUUCAUUGCCGGCACGUUGACAAUAAUCUGCCGUAGUUUCUUGUUUUUGUUUGUUCUUUAGACUGUGAAAAGAAAUGAUUGGGUGGCUAGUGCGGAGAAAUAAAGGCACUCAUGUAACAUGUUUUAUGUGACCAAACUGAUAUCUUAUAGCAGAUUCUCCAUUUGCCCUCCCUUCCUUAACGGAGACCUUUAGCAUAAAUGCCUUAUAAUCUAAUUUAAUGAAGCUUGUAUGAACCUGCAGUCUGAUGUCUUUAGUCAGUAACCCUUUACAAUAGGGUUGUAUUUGUUAACAUUGGGUCAUGUUAGCCAAUGCAUUUACUAAAGCUUUCCAGCAUUUAUUGAUCUAUGUUAAUACUAAUUGUUGAUGUGCUUUUGACAUGACAAAUGUUAACAAAGAUACAACUUUUGUUUUUAAAAAUGUAUUAGUAAAUCCUGAAAUUAACAUUAAGAUUAAUAAAUGCUGUGGAAGUUUUGUACAUUAGGUAACGCAUGCAUUAACUAAUGUUAGCAAAUACAACCUCUUUGUAAAGCAUUUCCCUUUAGUCAGAAUGACACUCAAUGUUGAAUGCACAUUUUGAUUACAUACAUUGUUUCGAGGUGUAGCUAACAAGUGAAACAACUUAAAUUAGCAAUAUUUCCAUGUUACAACAUAUUUAAAAUAGUACAACUACAGCUUUUUUAAAGAGUGCCUAAAAAUAUACUAUAUAUGUAUAUGUUAAUUUCCAUCCAUAAAUAUAGAUGGUAUAUUAUAAAUGAUGUACCAUCCAUAUUAUACAUAUAUAUGGUACAUUAUAAUCCAACAACCUCUACACAUUUAAGGAGCCACCUAACUAAAUCUUGUAUACAUAUGUUGGCUACUACCAAAAUACCAGUAUGAUCAGAGAUGCCAUGAUUCAAAUAUAUAUUUGUGAUAGCAUUU